AUGCCGUGCUUUCACUGUAAUUUAGUGGAUACAAUUAGACGCCUGCAGCUUCGCAGCGUAAGGGAGGGGAGGUUGGGUGUGAUAGUGCCAGCGAGGCUCCAGUGUGGCUUCCCUGCUGCUGCUUGGGGCCCAGAUGCUGCAUCCUCGCAUGAGUUCACAGCCUACCGCAUGCAGCAUUACCGCCCGCAACAGGAGAAACUUCACGGCCUCCACAGCAUACGCGGCCACAGCUUUGCAGUCCUGGUUCCAGUGUUCAGCUAUCACUCAUUGACAAUAAUGACAGCAUUGCAAAAAGGUUGCGAUGUCAUAUCUCCUGGUUGCCGUGGUGCCAACGCUGUUGCUGAGACCCAUUCAUUGGAUGGUCCCUAUGUGUUCAUAAAGCUGCUUGACUUUACAGUAGAGCGCUACCUACAGGCCAAGUGGGAGAACGUCAACACUGUGCUCAUCUUGGUCCCCAGAAACAUCUCCAUUAUGCCUGAAGUUGUCGUGCAGAGUUUCCUGAAGAGUGAGUCUGAGUCCCUGCAUAAGGAGACCAUCACGCCCGUGUAUAUGGUCCCCGAGGAUGAGUAGCUUCUCUGUAUGUAUGUAGUGGUGAAGCUGGCUGCAGUCACCAACUCUGCCUCUGUACUGGUCAGAGUUCUCAGCAGUAUGGUCACAGUCACUACCUUCCACACACUGGUGAGCAGCAUCCCCAUCAAGGCCAUUACAGACAAUUCCAUCAUUAUAUUAGAGGGUGCUCUUUCUGGAGCUGGAGAUGACCCACCCACAAUUGUAAUCGCUGCCCACUGAGACUCAUUUGUUGUAGCUCCAAGGCUUGGUGGUGUGGACUUUUAUCCUGUGCUCUUGAUGGGUUUAGCUUAUUGUCUGUAUCCUUCAGUGCUUCCCAGCUUAUCAAAUUGCAUCAUCCAAUUAAUCUUUUAUACUGGUGAGUUAAUUCAUUGGCCUUUUCUAAACUGCAGCUCAAUCAGCUGGUUAAAAAAAAAAAGUUCAACACAGCACAGGCUAAACAUGACCAGCGGUGGCUCGAACAGGAGUGGUAUUCUGCUGGAGCUGACACGCCUCUUUCUUCCACUCUACAGCAACCCUCGCAGCAAGACUCUGUAUUACCUCCUUUUCUCCUUUUCUGGUGGUGGAAAAUAUCAUUUCCUUGGCACCAAAUGCCAAUGCACCAUGCAGGUUAGUCAUGCAGAAUCCAGUCUCUUGCAUAACAAUUUUGCGUUUGUUUGGUGUAUGGACUCUCGUGGCUCUGCGCAUGAACUUUUCCUCAACGUUGCUCCCCCCAAUCCAGGAACCCCUCAGUGUGGCUUCAUCCAGCAGUUGGAAUGGGUGUUGUCCUCCAGGUUUCCCUGGGUGAGGUUGUGGCACCGUGCACAAAAAGAUCAACCUGCAUGGGAGCACGAGCACUAUGGCAUGGAACACAUCCCAGGAUUCACUCUGUCUCACCUGGAGAACCCCCGAUCAGAGUGCAAUAGCUCCAUCCUCGAUACCAUGUCACAAGUGGACACCAGAAAACUCAAGUGGAACACAGUCAUUGUGGCGUCUUUGGAAUGCUAUAUGUACAAUCUAUCAGACAAGGUGAGUCAAGAUCAUUAUGGUAAUAUCGUCUCAGAUGUCCAAGACAGCUGCUUGUGUGUACUGAUGGCCAUGUUGACAUCUGUCCCAUGAGCUACACAGCUGCUGGACAACUUUCUCAUCAGCACCCCGGAGCAGGAGUUCAAACUCUACCUUCAGCAGGUCUGCAGACACACCUUCUAUCAGGACUACAGGAAUCCUGAAAUUACAUUCUCCGAUCAAAUGAAACCUAAUGUAAUGAUUUUCAUUAGGCUGAAGCCUGCUGCCUUUGAUCUCUUCCUGGGUAGGUGGAUUACAGGUUACUUAGGAGUAGUGUACUAUGCAAUCCAGAACUUUGGCAGGCUCUGUGGAAGACUCAAGGCCACAGUGCAGAGCAAACAGCAGUGAGGCCCGUUAAACAGGGACCAAGCCUGGUGUGGGGAAAAAGCCUCUGGAGAUACAGGGCAUAGUUUGAACCGGUUCAUAAAGUUUGGUCGUGCAAAACCUCGCUUUGUUUCUUUCUAACUUUUUUCUUCCCUUUUUAUGUACUUGUAAUUGCAUAAUUAAAUUAUAAUUAAAUUAUAAUUAAUUAUAAUUAAGGAUAUUGGUAGUAGCUAAUUCUGUGUCUUACUUCUGUACCAACCCACAAGUGUCUUUGUGAGUCUUUGUGAACUGACAGCUUUGUGAAUUAACAUCUUUGUAAAAUAAUAUGACCGAUUUACAUAAUAUAUGCAUAGUAGAUCGGUUAUAGUAUUCUACUAUAGUGGAUUAUAGUGUUGAUUUCUAUAGUGUUUAGGAAGAGGUUAAGUAAAGGGAAACAUGAUACCCUAGUUAACAUUUUUACGGUGUGGACUCGGCCACACAACCCAGAGCCGGUUUUGUAGUGUAAAAGAGAAAUUUACUUAAAUAAUGUGUGUGGGAACAAACAGUCAUGCAUUUAAAGCCAUUAAUUCAAAGUAGGUGUUACAUCGUGGAUUGGUUUACAGAGGUAAAAUAGCUGUCAGUUUUCAUGAAAAGGGACUAAAUAGUGCUCUGCUGGGAGCACAUGCUAAAUGCACCAUCUAAUUGAAAAAAAACACUACUCAAAAAAUAGAUAAAACACUUUGGACAAAUUUGCAGAUGAUCUUGCAGUACCGCUGAUCUGUUUAACAUUGCAGAGAGAAGCUUAUCCAGGCAGACUGCGCAGGACCCAGGAGGGCUGGAAGUGAACCUACCUCUCACGCUCAAGCCUUGAAUUAUUGAUGAGCAGUGGCACAGAGGACCCAUGGCUCUCUGGCCUCCAGGGGCUCGAGCCAAGGGAGCCUAGAACCUGCUGAAGGAUAAGUGGCCAUACAAGUGCCAAACUCCUAGAUCCUCUAUUCCCUGCUUACUGAAGCGUGUAAUCCGGAACAUGGUGCAGUGCCCGAAUCCCCACCUGAAUGAUUACUUAUGAUGUGUUUCGCUGGGUAAUUUGAUCUCUGAUGUGAUUAGAGGAACAGGAGGUGUGUAACACUUAAGAGCUAUGAGACGCUGUCUUAUCUUUCUGUCCCGCUAUAAAUCACGUCAGCGUGCAAGGGACAACUGAGACAAGCCGGUGACAAACGGGACACUGGUGUUAAAGGGGCGAAUGAUGGAUAAAUGAGAAAGCGUAUCUGAGCUGAGCGGCUAUUGUCAGAGGAGAGAUGAAGAGACAGAUUGGGGCAGAGAGAGAGAAAGAGAGAGGGAAAGAAUGGCAAGGAGGGGACAGACUACACUAAUCACAAUGAGAUCGGAAGCACGUGGUGGAGAUGGGCAACGUAUGCCAGUGGGAAUGGGGGGGAAGGUUGUAAUGAGGUCGCUCGGGUACGGUGUCUGCACGGUGCAGUAGGGCAGAGCCUCUUUCUCAGUACCAGGGCCGUGGGAGAUGGGUCAUCAGCUGCAGCUCAGCACUUACAAACAGGAAUUCAGCUACUUAGCCAAUACCAAACCCAGCGAGCCCAGACCAUCCUCCACCCGCUGCAGGAACAACUCCCACCCACGGCCGGUAAGGACCACAGCCUAAAUAUUAUUAACUGCAGAUCUUUAUGGCUUUGAAUUAUGUUUGUUUACCUAGGUAUUAGAUUGUGGAGUGCCUGGUGUGUAAAAUAUUUUAUAAAGAUACAAUAGAAGAUCAUGUUAACAUAUGAAUGGUACCCUCCGCCCCCAAUCGGUUUAACAUGGAUUAAAACUACACUGCAACUUCUCUGAUUACAGAAUGUUCAGUGUUCAGGUAGCAUCUUAUGUACAUUUUGGUUUAUGUUUAUUUUAGUGCCUCUCUCAUAUGACAGAACAACUGCAUGUAAUUUUGUAAUUCAAUAUGAGAAAGAACAUUAGUAGAGGAUGUUACAUCUUUAUCUUUGCGGUUUGUACUUUCUCCUCAUACAUUACCCCCAGUCCUUUAGUAGUGACAAAACUGGGUCUGAAGCCACUUCUGUUAAGUAUUAUGUCCAUUUACUUCCUUGGCACAUGGAGAAGUGAAAGAACCUCUGUUUUCACAGUGACUAGUCUACUUAGGGUUUUUUGUGUGACAUUUACUCACCUGAAUGCAAAGGGUAUAUGUAGACCAUGAUUAAUAUUAUACCAGCUCUACUCUAACUGUUAACAAAAAUAUUCUUUCAUUCAUUCAAGAAAGUCACUUGGAUUGAAUGCUCAUUGAUUAUUCACCAGCUUUUGGAGGUUUAGUACAAACACCACAUGGUGCUUCACACCAGGCUGCAUCCUGCUUACCUUGACAGGCUCCAAUUACCCACUGGUUUGGGAUCAGGGUCUUCCUUCAUACUUAAACCUUUCACUGUGAAGGCAAAAGAACUGAAGCCCGCCUGGGUCAGUGUUUGGGGCUGUUAACUUGGAUAAGAGAAGGUUUCUUCUUGUUUCCUUUUCCCCUUUGUCAUCCAGGACUUUCUGUUGCCAAGGAAACUGCAGACAGGUCAUGGAUACAAGCCGAUGCUUCAGACGAUUACACCUCGAAUGGAUGUGUGAAUAUGAAAUGAAUUUCAGUCCUGCUUUUACACCACAAAAUUGUUCAGUAUGUGAUAAGUGGAUAUUUUACAUUUAUACAGUCAAGUCAGUACUUAUGUCAGUACAGAUAGUACUUAUGAGAGUACUGAUACAUGAAGAAGUCAAAUUCCCAAAACUCUGUGCCCCAAU